UUGAGUUGUAAGUGGUACAUGCAAGGUUGUGCUUUUAAACAAUAAUUAAUUUAUGACAAGAUUAUGGCGGACGUUCUAUAUGAUAAAAUUUCCAAUCGGACCUUCUUUUGGCAUGAUUCAAAAGAUUCCGAAGAAAGUGCCAAUCCUUUCCUAAGUCAGAACGAGGAAUUCACAAUAAUGCAUUCCAAAACUACCGCCGACACGAAAACCGUCACGUAUAAACCGGCUGAAAUUACGGUGGAAAGAGGCGGAUGGGAAAAUAAGUUGGAUUUUUUGUUUUCUUGUAUAAGUCUUUCGGUUGGGCUGGGAAAUGUGUGGAGAUUUCCGUAUUUAUGUUAUAAAAAUGGUGGAGGUGCAUUCCUAGUCACGUAUACAAUAGCAAUGAUUUUUUGCGGUAUACCAAUGUUUUAUCAAGAAGUAGCUAUAGGGCAAUUCUUGGGUUCGGGUGGAAUGACGUUUAUCGGCCAAUUAGUUCCGAUUCUUAAAGGAGUUGGAUAUGCUACAAUGACCAUCGUUUUUUUGUUGGAUAUUUAUUAUUGUAUUAUCAUAGCCUGGACUUUGUAUUAUUUAAUAUGUACUUUUGCAUCGGUUCCUUAUUUACCAUGGUCUGACUGUGAUAACUGGUGGAAUACUGAAAAUUGUUCAACUGGUAUAGCAAAUAGAAGCCACGUGGAAAUGGACCCCUUAAAGUAUUUGAACUUGACUGCGAAAGUUACAACUCCCGUCGAGGAAUUCUUUGACCAUAAGGUUUUGGGCAUAUCCUCGGGGAUUGAGGAUGUUGGUGGGAUGCAAUGGCAAUUGUUUACCUGUUUGGUUAUAGGAUGGAUAUUGAUUUACUCUGUGAUACGCAAAGGUCUACAUCAAAGUGGAAAGAUAAUUUGGUUCACCGCGACGUUUCCUUAUGUCGUCCUAGUCAUAUUACUUAUUAAGUCGGUUUCGUUGGAUGGUGCAACCCAAGGAUUAUUAUACUAUGUGACUCCUCGUUGGGAAGAAUUGUUAACCCCUGGACCAUGGAUGGAUGGUGCGACACAAAUUUUCUUUGCCUAUAGUAUAGGAUGUGGAGCCCUUCCAGCCCUUGGAUCGUACAACAAAUUUCACCACAAUUGCUACAAGGAUGCAGUCAUAACUUGUAUAAUAAAUACACUCACGUCGCUGUUGGCGGGAGCUGUUACAUUUUCAAUUCUCGGCCACCUGGCUGCGGAACUAGGAACAAAUGUCGGCACUGUCGUGAAAAGUGGACCGGGUCUUGUAUUUUUAACAUAUCCGGAAGUAGUUCUCAAGCUGCCCGGCGCAGCUUUUUGGGCCAUCACAUUUUUUAUUAUGCUAGUGGUUUUGGGUAUCGACAGCGAAUUUUGCCUCGUGGAAUCCUUCAUAACCGGCGUUGUUGAUAAUUGGUCCGAAGUAUUGAGACCUCAUCGUAACACAUUCACUGUCAUAAUUUGUAUAGUAAUGUUCGCUUUAGGAAUACCAAUGGUUACACACGGGGGAAUGUACGUCUUUCAAUUGAUGGAUUACUAUUCUGCUAGCGGCAUGUCGUUACUUUGGGUGUGUUUCUUUCAAACUAUAGCAAUAUCAUGGAUUUUUGGCGUUGAAAAAUUGAGUGACUCUAUCGAACAGAUGAUGGGGAUUAGACCAAGUAAAUUUUGGACCAUUUGUUGGAGGUUUUGUGCACCAACAGUAAUGGUUGUAAUCUUCAUUUCUCAAUGCAUGGCAUUUCAACCACUUACAUACGGAAAGAAUUACACCUACCCAAAAUGGUCCAACGUAAUUGGUUUCAUCCUAAGUUUUUCAUCAAUGGUUUGGGUACCGAUUUACGCUCUAUAUUACAUUCUUACAGGACCAGGAACUAUAUGGAAGAAUAUACAAACCGGCUUACAACCCCAGAUUAAACAAAGAAAAAUUUCCAUACAUGACAAGCAAUCUGGACUUUUAAAAUCGGAAAGUUUCGGUGGAUUGAUGACACCAAGUUCAUCUUUCACCGUCGAUAAUUUAGAUUAGUUGAAAUGCUACAGUGAUACGAACAGGGUGGUUAAUUAUGUUUUUUAUUCUUAUAUUUUCUUUUAAUUAUCGACAAACAAUAAUCUUCUUAAGUUUUUGUGUUUGUAGUGAAACGCGCACGACUAAUUUAUGUUUAAAACUAGUGUUGUAGCAAAUUGACAUUCAGUAUUAAAAGGAAAAAAUUGUUUCUAUGUCUUGUAACCAAUGUUAGUGAAAUUUUUUAAUGAAAUAAAUGUUACGAAAAUAAUUAA